UUUUUCGAAUAUAUUUUAAAACAAUUUGCAUUUUUAUAAUAUUAUAAUGAAGACUAAACGACAAAAAGAGAACAUUCCACACGAAUCUUGUGCAGUUAAAAAGUCAAAAACGAGCAAAAGAAAUGAUGACGUUAAUUUAAUCACUCAAUUGGACAAUAUUUAUUUGGUUAAGCAUUCUUCCGUCAUUGUAGACUUUUGGAAUAUGUCUAUCUCAAUUGACCCAAAAUCUCCAACUGAAGCAUUUAAUUCACUUAAUUCUCUCAAACUUGUUGGUCCAUUUCGUUAUUUAAAUGACUUUUAUUCAAAAUCAAAAGAAAACAAAAACAAUAAUUAUUUACUUGUUGACCGUUUCUCUACCGACUUACCAGAAAUGCAAACUUUUGCAAUUUAUAAAGGAGGCCGUUUUUGUUUUUGGCGUGAUUUGCCUAAUGAAGAGCCUAAUUUAAUUAUUAAUAUUUCAAAUAAUUCACCAAAUUUUCCAACUUUUACAAUUGCUGGAAAUGGUGAUCCCCUCUCUGCUUUGACUUUUUUGGCUUGUUUGAAAAAAAAAUUUGAAAAUAUUUUUAAAAAAAUUGAAAAUCAAUCAGAAAUUAUGUCAAAAUGGAAGGUUUAUCAACAAAAGAAAUUUUUGGAAGAAUUGAGGAAAAAUAGGAAAGAAAUUACGGUUGGAGAACCUCUACAUGGAUUGGGAAUUAAAGUGGAAAUUGUUGGGGAUUGUGGAUAUAGGCCUGUUACAGAAAAUACAAAAAAAUUACGAAAUGAUUUAAUUGAUUUUGCAACAACAAAAGAUGAGACACACAAAGCAAAAUUAAAACAACAAUUAUUACAAAUUUAUACUUACGUUACGAUUGCAAACGACGAAAUGGAUUUUGGAAUGGGACUUGAAUUUGGGCAUAAUCUGUUUAUUUCAAAUUAUGAGUGUUUUGAUGCAAUGACUAAAAGUGUUUUGGAAGUUACUUAUAAAUUGUUAAAAAGGGAAGUUUUUGCUAAAAUUUUGAAAGAACAAUGGGAAAAUGGAAGAAGAAUUAAUGAGAAUAAGAAGGUUAUUUAA